CGCGAGCCUGCAACCAGCAGAAUCCCGCGCCGCCUCUGUCCGAGCACACGCCUCGCAGUCCGCACUCCGCACUCUCGACACUCGCAGCACAACAAACAGUGCGCCCGUGCCCGGCCAGUACCGCAGCCUGCCAGUGUCCGCCACCUGUGCCCCCGGUCCCCUACUACCCCGGACUCACAUCCCCCCUAUGCGGACGUUAAAAACCGGAAGUGUCGUGAAAUGUUUCUCAAAAGUGUUAUUUGACGCGAGUUUUCAUCACUUUUUGUGACGUUCAACAUUUUUUGCUUCACAAUAACUUCAAGAAAUCAUGCUCACAUUUGGAACUUUUGACUGAACAUCGUAUUUAUUUACCGAUCCCGCCCUUCUUUAGACGAGCCGUGCGCCGUUGUAAGCGACCCACAGCCCAGUAAGAGUUACCUUUUGUCCGUAAACCGGCGCCAUACCAAGCAACCCGCCCGCAUAGGAUGGUAGAAACUGACCCCGGGCCCAAGAAAUCUCACAAUUGUGAUGUAAAAAGGGACCUUCAACUAAACGGCCCAGGUUCCAAAGCCGCCGAGCUUGGCGUCGUACCUUCACUGAAGACACAAGUCAAGCUCGACCCCGAGAAGGGCUCCAACUCGGAAAAAGCUGACUUCGAGAGGGCUAUCGAGUUAACCGGAUAUGGACGGUUCCACUACCUGCUCCUGGCAGUAUGCGGCCUCGUCAGCACCUCGGAGGAGAUGGACGUCAUCUCGAUGUCCUUCAUCCUCCCAUCGGCACAGUGCGACCUAGACCUCACUACACAGACUAAAGGAUGGCUGAACAGUAUAAUCUUCAUCGGCAUGAUGGUGGGUGCGUACGCGUGGGGCUCCGUGGCGGACUCGCUGGGCCGCAAACGGGUGCUCAUCGCCAUCUCCGUGGUCAACGCGCUCGCCAUCGUCGCCUCCUCCUUCAGCCAGAACUACGAACUCUUCAUGCUCUUCCGCUUUAUCAAUGGUGCUGCUUUAGGUGGAUCCGGUCCCGUGAUCUGGUCUUACUUCGCGGAGUUCCAGCCGAAGAAUAAGCGAGGUGCUAUGUUGAGUUUCAUGGCGGCUUUCUGGACUCUUGGCAACUUGUUCGUCGCUGGUUUGGCCUGGGUCAUCAUCCCUAGCGAAAUCGGAGGAGUCACAAAUGGCUUCGUGUACAACUCAUGGCGUAUCUUCUUGCUCGUGAUGUCACUGCCUUCCUUCUUGGUAGCCGCAUUACUUUUCUUGCUCCCCGAAUCACCCAAGUUCUUGAUUUCCAAUGGCCGUCACGACGAAGCCUUAGAAGUAUUCAAAGGCAUCUACAUGAUGAACACCGGCCGGAGUAAGGAGGAGUACCCAGUCAAACAGCUGCUGGUCGAAGAGAGCUACCACUCCAAACCAGAGAAGCAGAUUGAAGCCAAUAAGGAACCUAAGUCUAAGUUAAGGAAAAUGUUCAGCGACAUUGUGGAACACAGCAAACAGUUAUUUGUGCCGCCUAUACUCAAGUUUACAGCGAUCUCUAUCACUAUUAAUUUCACAUUCCAUAUUGGGUACUACGGCCUCAUGAUGUGGUUCCCAGAGAUGUUCAACCGAUUCGACGAAUGGUCCCGGACGCACGACAACGCGGAGGCUGACAUUUGCAUGGUGACUGAGUACGUCACACAAUUCGGAACACAUUCGACGGCAGCACAGUGCGACGCUCACAUAAAUUCUGAUGUAUUCAUGGAUUCGCUGAUCACUGUAGCUGCUGCUAUUCCAUCUAACAUAUUUGCCGUACUUGGUAUGGACAGACUCGGAAGGAAGUUCUUCCUUGUGUUCGCAACAUUCUCAGCUGGGUUGUGUUCAGCCGCUAUGUACUUCGUGUACAAUAAGACAAACAACUUAAUCGUUAGCGCCAUCUUCAGUUCGGUGAUAUCCUGCGGUAACGCGUCACUCGACUGUCUCAUCACAGAAGUCUUCCCUACUAACUUGCGUGCUACCGGUGUAGCGGUGUCGAUGGUGGCGGCCCGGUUGGGCGGCAUCAUCGGCAACGUGGUGAUCGCGGCGCUGCUGGACACGUACUGCCCGGCGCCCACGUUCAUCGUGGCCGUGCUGCUGGCCAGCGGCGGCCUCAUGUGCCUCUUCCUGCCCAACACCACGCGGCAGGCCCUCUCCUAACAUCGCCACCGCUCAUACAGAAUGCCACCACACUCGACUUUUUCUUGCCGUACAAACUUUUAUUUGUAAUGUCAAUCUCUAAGAAGACUCAAAUGGCAUUUUGUUUGAGUAACUUUGGCCUGCCAUGUGAUAUAUAACAUAAUUUUAAGAUAUUAAGCAUUAAUCUCAUCGAAAGAUCAUUGAUGUAACUAGUUUUUUACAUAUUUGUACAAUAGUUUUAUAUUAACUUAAAGAGUUUAUUUAUGAACUAAAUGAAAGUACGAACGAUACAUAUUCCUAGUAAAUAAAGCAAUUGACUGUUGUAGGUUGUUAUAACUUAUUACGUUAUAUAUUUGUUUGAAAUUGUUAAAACAGACUAAAGUUUUGCAUCAGAUCUUUUAUUGGAUAAAGUAUUAUAGGCUAAGAUUCAUUUCAUUACCAUGUUGUAAUUAUUGCAACUAUUUUAAUAUUACGAAUUUAUAAAUUACCAUUGUUAUCGUAGUUUGUAGUUGUGUAGUACGUAGUAAAAUUAUAAAACACGAGUUGUGAUAUAAUAAAGUUUGUAUCCAAACUGCAUUGUAUAUAAGUGCAUUUUUUCGUAACCAUGAAACACCUUAUUGAUUACAAUGCAAUAUAUUUUCCUAAAUUCAUUUCAGUGCCUUAGUUUUAUUUUAAUAAGUAAGUGUCACCUGAAAAAGGAAUGAGUAAAUCAUCAAAGUUA